ACUGCUGUCACCACUGCUGUCACCACUGGCUCUACCGUGACCAUGGAGACCCUGGGGACCCUGCUUGUCCUGGUGGCCUUGCUCCUUGCACCUGCGGAGGCCCAGCAGGCCACAGGGCGCCGCCUGAAGCCGUGGCUGGUGGGCCUGACGGCUGUGGUGGUCUUCUUAUUCAUCGUCUUUGUGUUGCUGCUGGUGAACCGCGUGUGGUGCUCCAAGACCAGAGCUCAGGAUGAGGAGCAGACCAGCAUCGACAUGGAUGACAACUGGUACGAGGACACGCAGCUGAGCGGGGAACCCAAGAAGGGGAAGAAAGAGAAGAAAAAGGGGAAGAAGGCUCAGGAGGCCGGGGAGAACAACAUGGGGAUGGAUCCGAAAGAUGAGAUCGCCAAGAUGACGCAGCUGUGAGGCCUGGACACCCACGGUCCUUGGAGGCCCCACUGCCUCCCAGCUGCACUUGCUUCCGCCCCCCCCCCCAACCGGGCACCUCGGGCUCAGCCUCUCCCUCCUGCCUCUGGGGCUCCCUGGGGUGCCCCACCCCAUGCCCCGAUGCGGUGCUCUGCUGCGCCUCGCCCCACCUGCCCCCUGCUCCUGGACUUUGAGCCCUGGUGCGGUCUCGGGGACUUGUGCCCAGUGACGUGCGAGCUCCGUGCGUGUGGGGGACAGGGGCUUCUGUGAGACCCCCUGCCUGUGUAUGAAAACAUAAAUAAACAGCUGGAACCCUGA